GUCUAAAGAAUCCCGUUUCUUUGCUUUUAGGUUUCAAAAUGGCGACAACUGAUAAAAAAUUUGCAGCAUAUUUUCGUAGGUCAAAUUUGCCUCGAUUUCGGAGAAGGGAGAAAACUUACGGUCGCCCACCGGUAUUUGUAAGAAGUAUUUCCUUCUUUGGAGUAGUAUGCCUUGUUACUGGAGGAUGGUUAUGUUCGAAAAGUUUCGAACCGUUUACACUUGAUGGAGAAGCUAUCAAGUACCGUCUUCCAGAUCGUUUGUUGCUAUUCAGCGGAUCCAUGCUCCUCGUAACUGGUAUAACUUCCAUCUGGACCGCAGGAAUUCUGAUCAAGGUUGCUAUCAUGACUUUGAUGCAUGGUCUGUGCCUGGCCUUGCUACUGGAGACAAUUGCAGGAGCAGUUUCCUAUUCUUUCAGCACGGCUGUUAAGAUAGGUGCCUUCAACAAAACGCUGCUGGAAGAAGUGAAGCAGAGGUAUGGGCUGGAUCAGACGAUAACCUAUUUCAUAGAUAGGCUCCAUAAGUCAUUCCACUGCUGCGGUGUUUCCUCUUAUAGAGAUUGGACCUACAGCAAAUGGAUGAUAAACAUGACAAACUCAGAUCUAGUAAUGGCUCCUCUAUCUUGCUGCGAACGGGUUUCAUUUUCUUGCAGGAAUUUUAGCAUCUUUUUCAAUCCAAAGGGCUGUGGAGCAAAAGCUACAUCUUCUCUGAAGAACCACCUGAAUUCCGUGAUGAGGUGUGCCUUCAUUUGUUUGUUUAUACACGUGAAUGUCUACCUUGUUUCCUUGUACUUGGAGAGGAAGGUUUGAUGAAGAGUCGCAGUCGUCU